UUACUCAGGCGGUCGGGCGGUCUGCCCGGGCCGGCCUGGGCGGUGCUGCUUUCGCGGCAUCCUGCGGCAUCCUGCCGCCGGGGCGGGGCGGGGGGGCAAGGCCGGGCGUUUGCAGAGCUGGCCUCAGGCCCUGGGCCCAGGUGUGCAAGGGGAGCGGUCCGGCUUCCUUUGAGCUUCCCUUUCUCUGCUGUAUCUGGACUGGUUUGGAAAAGUGAGGGAAAGAUGACCAAAGGCACUUGGAACACCGUGCUCUCUGAUGGGCAGCAUUCUGUGGUGUUGAUAAAGAGUAACACAGCGGAGCCCAAAUGUGUGAGGAUCCCAGUACUGACAGCAAGUUAGCAGGCAGGUGGCCUCACAGGAAGAGGCGUGCUGGUAUUCAGUAAACAAGCUUUUCCUUUCCACCCUCAGGGAGGCCUUUCCGUGUGGGGCAGGACGUCAUCAGGCUGAUUUUUCAAAAUGCCCAGUAGGAAAUUCGCUGACGGGGAGGUGGUAAGAGGUCGGUGGCCUGGAAGUUCGCUUUACUAUGAAGUCGAAAUUCUGAGUCAUGAUAGCGACUCCCAGCUCUACACCGUCAAGUACAAAGAUGGCACUGAACUUGAACUGAAGGAGAGUGAUAUCAAGCCUUUAACUUCCUUUAGACAAAGGAAAAGUGGCUCAACUUCCAGUUCUCCCUCCAGACGCCGAGGGAGUAGGUCAAGGUCGCGCUCCCGAUCCCCCGGUCGACCACCUAGAAGUUCCCGCCGAUCUGCCUCUGCUUCGCACCCAGCUGACAUUAAGGAAAUGAGGAAGGAAGUACUGGAAGUGAAGCUGACUCCGCUGGUGUUGAAGCCGUUUGGGAAUAGCAUCAGCAGAUACAACGGGGAGCCUGAGCGCACAGAGAGGGAUGGCCUGCCUCACAGAAACACUGAGGAAAAAUUCCAUUUGUCGGAAGAAAGUAGUUACAUAUCUACACAGUAUGGCCUUUGGCCAAGAAGAGAGAUCAAAUUAAAAGACACGGAUUCUAAAGAAGAAAACAUUGUUGCAACAAAAGGGUCUACAUUAUUGAAAACCUCUGAAGGGCCAGCCACGCAGACCAAGGGCCUGGAGUUUGGCGGAGUCCCUGGUGUGCUUCUCAUCAUGCUUGGCCUGCCCGCCUUCCUCUUCCUCUUGCUGUUGAUGUGUGAACAGGAAGAGCCCAGUCUUCUGAAUUUCCCGCCUCCUUUGCCAGCUUUGUCUGAUUUGUGGGAAACCAGAAUGUUUGGGGUCUACCUCCUCUGGUUUUUGCUUCAGGCUCUGUUCUACUUACUGCCAGUCGGGAAGGUUGUGGAAGGCAUGCCUCUUACUGAUGGAAGAAGACUCAAGUAUAGAUUGAAUGGGUUCUACGCUCUCCUGCUGACGGCUGUGGCCGUCGGGGCAGCCAUGUUCUGGGGUGUGCCACUGCUCUUCGUGCACGAGCACUUCCUGCAGCUGGUGCUGGCUGCCUUCGCCUUCGCUGUGGCCCUCAGCGCCUACCUGGCCGUGCGUGCUGCGGGGGCGCCCCCGGCUGCCCUGGCCCCUGCCAGCUCCGGAAAUGCCAUCUAUGAUUUCUUCAUUGGCCGUGAACUUAAUCCUCGGAUUGGUACUUUUGAUCUCAAAUACUUUUGUGAAUUGCGCCCCGGAUUGAUCGGAUGGGUGGUUGUGAACUUGGUGAUGCUUUUGGCUGAGAUGAAGCUACAGGAUCGAGCUGCUCCAUCCUUGGCGAUGAUUUUGGUUAACAGUUUCCAGCUCUUGUACGUGGUGGAUGCUCUCUGGAACGAGGAAGCAUUGUUGACGACCAUGGACAUCACCCAUGAUGGGUUUGGAUUCAUGCUGGCUUUUGGAGACUUAGUGUGGGUUCCCUUCAUCUACAGCUUUCAAGCCUUUUAUCUCGUCAGCCAUCCCAAUGAAGUGUCCUGGCCUAUGGCCUCUCUGAUUAUUGCUCUGAAACUUUGUGGAUACGUAAUCUUCCGAUGUGCAAAUUCUCAGAAAAAUGCAUUCCGGAAAAAUCCCAGUGAUCCAAAGCUUGCACAUUUAAAAACCAUCCAUACUUCAACCGGAAAAAAUCUUCUAGUUUCUGGAUGGUGGGGCUUCGUUCGUCACCCCAAUUACUUGGGUGAUCUCAUCAUGGCUCUGGCGUGGUCCCUCCCCUGUGGUUUUAAGCACAUUCUGCCCUAUUUCUACGUGAUCUACUUUGCCUUGCUGCUGCUUCACCGCGAGGCGCGUGAUGAGCGCCAGUGCCGGACGAAGUAUGGCCGGGCCUGGGAGCAGUACCGCCGACGCGUGCCCUAUCGCAUCGUCCCCUACGUCUACUAGCCCUUCACUGGGGCCCGGACGGCGUCUUACUUCUCUGGUCAGGACUGCGGGACCGAGUGGCCUCUUCACCUUGCCACGUUUAUUGUUACUAAAUCACAACAAUUAACAGAAGGAAACAGGUAAAGGUGUUAGAAUUUGCUUUCUAAUGAGAAAGGAUCCAUUCUUAAAGAAUACCAUGGGUGUCUGGGUUUUGGUGACUUUUCAAAUUGUGAUUGUUUUUGUCGGUGGUGUUUCUUACAUGAAACCAACUGUGACCUUCGAAGCACAUUUAUGUUUCGUUAUAUUCAGAGAAGAGAAUUUUCAUCCAUUUCCUUUGGAAUUAAAUCAUUUACUAGUUAAGUGAUUUGAGCGUAGACCCUGGUCCUGCAUUAACUGCAUUCUGCGAAGAGUGGGGGGAGAGCUCGUUAGCAGCCACGGAUGAAGGGGGAGUGUUAGGAGCAGUUCGCUUACCCUCAGCUUCUAGAACUGCAUUUGAAAAUGUAAAUACAUAGCUUUCAUGUAAUAUAUGGGGACUUCAGAUUUUUCUGUACAGUAUUUUGAAUGUGAGAUAGUCAGGAACUAAGUAUCUUUUUAACAAAAACAUUUGCAGUAUUUUAAAUUAAGUUUUAUAAAGUAAUACAUGUCAAUUAAAAAUUGCAAAACAAUUAGUAUUCAUUUAAUGUUGUAUAAAGAUGCUGUUAAAACAUAGGGUAUUUUUCUUAAUCCAAAGUUUGUGAAUUUGGCUUUGCUACCUCAACCGCAGCCGUUCGUUUGCCUUUAUAAACUGUUGCCAAUAGAAAAAAAUAGAAUAUAUAUUUUUGCAGUAACAUCACUAUUUAAACAUUUUUACACAGAUUGGUGUUUGAAGACUUGCCAUUUCAGGCUGAUAUUUUUGUAUUUUUUUUUUUUUAAAUAAAGCUGUGGCUUUGCUACUGUUGAGGUCGCGCCGUUCAUACUGUGUUUUGUCCUCCCUCAGAGUCACAGAACACUGCUCCCUGAAGGAGGCGUUCAUCUAAAACAAAAGUUCAAAAGCACUUCCCUCCUGUAGUUUACUUCUUGUGUGUAGGGUAGCUGUGGUUAUUAAAUGCUAGUUGAUGGAGUCUUAUUAUUAAUUGUCCUAGAACGGAACAGUAGCAAAUUCACUAAAAUUUUGUGUUCAAAGUUAAAUUGUUCUCACUAUCUUAGAGGGGAAUCUAAUGAAUAUAGUGUGUACGUUUGGGUUUUUAAGGAUGCAUUUUACAUACGAGACACUUGGGUGCACGCCCGUGCUGUACGGCCGUGGGGCGGUGGGGCCGGGCUCCGUCAGUGUGAUCCUGACGUCGGUUUGCUCUUGAAACCUUGUUUUGGGGGAGUUGUCUGUGUUUUCUUCGUACUAAUGGAAGCAGGCAGCUUUUUGAUUCUGCUUUUCUCCGGUGUUGGAAAGCGCGUCCCCACGUGCUCUGUGCUCGACUGACCAAGGAAGCUGUGGGGCAGGAAGGAGGACAUUUCCUUCUCUCUCCAGGAAUGAGAGAAGAGCCUUUGCCAGCAUAGUGUUGCCGUUUCUGAUCUCAGCUAUAAUUUGUUGUUCAUUUUGUUUUUGACACAUUUGACAAGUGUUUUAUGAUGAAGUUUUAAGUUGGAAAUAAAGUUGGAAAUAAAAAA